AACCACUAAAUUGAUGCCACUUGUCACAAUCCCUUGCACACUUAGCAGCCUCCAAGUAAAACGACACCUUCGUUUUCAUCCCAGGAAAUUCUAGUGGCUGAGAUUGCUUCUCACUGUUGAACAGUUGGCUGUGCUUGCUUCUGUUCCUUGUAGUUGAAGUCGCUCCCCCUCAUUCUUCCUUUUCUACUUGCCACUGUUUCCUAUUCGUCAUUGCCGCAAAUGAAUUCCGUCGCUUCUCAUGCAUGAUCGCACCUUCAACUCUCUUCUUCUUCACCAUGGCUUUACUUCAAGGUUUUGGCGCUGUGGAGUUCGUUUUGGUGAGGAUUCUGAUUAAAGAGUUUUCUUUUAUUCUUUCGGAGAAGCGUCUCUGUUGCGGUGGAUUCUUAAAAUUUGCUAAAUCUUUUUUUCUCUAUUACUAUCCUGCGUGUGGCUUGUGAUUGGAAUGCUUAGAGUUAUAAUUGCUGUUACCAAACAGAGACGGAUCUCUACCUAUUGUUCUUGCUUUCUGUUUCUUUUGCAGUAGCAUCACCUUAUCAUCAGCUUCUGCUUGCUUUCACCACAACGGCCUCACUAUUUGGUGUGUUCCAUGUCACAAAAAACGAAAGGAGAUAUUCCUUUUACCCACUCCUCGUCAGGGAAGAUCUGAAGCAGCGCUAGCUAGCAGCACACGUCCUCUAAUGGACGCCGACUCCUCUGGAGAAGAAGUGCUUAUUAAAACAAGAAAGCCAUAUACUAUCACAAAGCAAAGAGAACGAUGGACAGAGGAGGAACAUAACAGAUUUCUAGAAGCCUUGAAGCUAUACGGGCGAGCAUGGCAGCGCAUAGAAGAGCAUAUAGGAACAAAGACUGCUGUGCAAAUCAGGAGUCAUGCUCAGAAAUUCUUUACAAAGUUGGAGAAAGAGGCCUUUGUAAAGGGUGUUCCAAUAGGACAAGCUCUUGAUAUAGACAUCCCCCCUCCACGGCCAAAAAGAAAACCAAACAAUCCUUAUCCCCGGAAGACCAAUGUUGGUGGUGCCCCAACAUUACAUAGCGGAGCAAGGCAUGGAAAGCCUCUCAUUUCAAUUGUAUCUUCACUUGGUAAACAAGCAUUGGGCUUGGAGAAAGAACCCCUUCCAGAGAAGCAUGAUGUCGACCUAAGGCCAUCAACCGUAAAAGAAAAUAAGGACCAAAGCUGCUCAAAAGUAUUUACCAUUCUCCAAGAGGCACCCUGUUCAUCUGUAUCUUCCGCCAACAAGAAUUCAACAUCAAUAUUAGUGCCGCUGAGAAAUUCAUGUGCCCUAAGGAAGUUUAUACCUUCGGUGAAAGAUGUGAUAACUCAAGAUGAAACCAACGACUCUUUUGUUACUGAUGAUCUUGAAAAUCAGAAGUUGGAGAUAGAUGAUGGCAAGCACACUCAAAAGUCUAAUGGCACUUGUAAAGUCUCUAAGUCGGAGAAUUCUGGUGCUUCAGAAUUGGUUCAAACUGAGAAAACAGAUGGUCUUAAUUGUGCAUUAACAAUUGAAGGGGUGCAAGGCAAUCAGAAUUACCCAAGACAUGUCCCUGUGCACGUUGUUGAUGGGAACCUUGGAACUAGUACUCAAAAUCCAUCCCCAGAUAUGGUGUUUCAAGACUCCAUAUUUCAGCCGAAAGGAGGGGUUAAUGGGCAACCUAACCUUGUCACCAUUUCUGCUACAUCAAACAUAAGUGAAAGUCAAAACAACACUGCACGGUCCUCUAUUCAUCAAUCAUUUCCUCCUUGUCCUACCUUCACACAGGAUGAUUAUCAUUCAUUUCUUCAGGUGUCCUCCACAUUUUCAAGUCUUAUUGUCUCUACCUUGCUACAAAACCCUGCAGCCCAUGCUGCAGCAAGUUUUGCUGCUACAUUUUGGCCCUAUGCAAAUGCAGAAACUUCCGCAGAUUCUCCCAUGUGCACUCCAGAUUUUCCAUCAAGACAAAUUGGCUCGCCUCCAAGUGUGACAGCUAUUGCAGCUGCUACAGUAGCUGCCGCAACCGCAUGGUGGGCUGCCCAUGGACUGCUUCCUUUGUGUGCUCCGCUCCAUACAGCUUUUGCCUGUCCUCCUGCAUCAGCGAUUGCAGUUCCAUUAAUGAAUAUUGAUGAAUCACCACAAAAAACAGAACAAGAAGAGAUUAAACCACAAAAUUCUUCUCUGCAAGAUCAGAUACUGGAUCCAGAACACUCAGAAGCUCAACAUUCAGCUCCUAAGUCCCCAGCUGUUUUUUCAUCCAAAUCUGAGGAGAGGGGAGAUGCCAAUUUAAAUACUUCACCAAAGGCUACUAAUCAUGAGACGAAUCAGGUCAUUUCUGAGAACCCCGAUUCCAACAAAAUGAAGGGCAGAAAACCUGUAGACCGUUCCUCAUGUGGUUCCAACACAACCUCUAGCAGUGAAGAGACCGAGUUACUACUGAAGGAUGAGAAAGAAAAGGAAGAGCCCAAAACACCUGAUGCAAACAUUUUAGAUACCGAGCUUAGUAAUCGUCGUAGUAGAAGCAUUAACAACCUUACUGAUUCUUGGAAGGAGGUCUCUGAAGAGGGGCGUCUUGCCUUUCAGGCUCUAUUCUCCAGAGAGGUGUUGCCACAAAGCUUUUCACCUACUCAUGAUUUGAUAAAUGAGGAUAAUCAGAUAGACAGCAUCAAGGAUAACGACCAAAACACAGACUACAAAGAUGAAGACCUUGAAAGCAAGAAAUGCAGUUCUAAUAGUGAUGGGGUGCAGAAAAAUCUGCUAUUUGUCAAAGAUAACAAUGAGGAGGAGGGACUGCUAAUCAUAGGUCUUGGACCAGGAAAGCUAAAGACUCGUCCAACAGGGUUUAAACCUUACAAAAGAUGUUCGGUAGAGGCCAAUGAAAACAGGAUCGGAACAGCCUGCAACCAAGGUGAAGAAAAAGGUCCUAAGAGAAUACGCUUGAAUGGGGAGGCUUCAACUUGAUGCUUGAUAUAUCCAUGCAACCACACAAAGAAAAUCUCUAGUUUUGCAUAUAUUAUUUCUUAGUUUCCUUGUUCAUUGUCUGUAUUGCUUAUUUUCUAAUUCUGCAGCUCACGAAACUUGUCGUGUAGGUGUGUGUACCAUAUUAAAUUAUUACAUUACACUCUUUUUACUUUCUUGGACUGAUGCUACUGCAUUUGAAAACUCUGCUAAAAUGGACCUAGACAAGAAACAUUAAGUACUGUUUUAGCAUUGAUCAUUUAAGUAAUUUAAUGAUCCUUCAUUCAGUCAA